UAGACUGUGGGGGCCAUGGCUUGUGUUCCUCAAAUGAUCUCCUAUCCCCCAAGUGAUGAGGACAGCGAUGACUCUGAGGGAGAGAACCAGGAACUUGUUCAAAUCGACAGAGAGAGAAGACGGAAUUGUACCUUGACCCCUCUGGCCACCAACCAGCUCCAGAACCAGGAGAACCAAUGCUGCAAGGUCCGGGCUCUUCUCCAUGCCAGCCUGGAUCGCCACAGCUCAGAAGAGGAGCUGGAGCGCAUCAACCGAGAGUUUGCCGCUGAGAAGCGGAAGUGGUCCCAGGUCAGCAGGCUUGCGUGCUGCAGUGACAGCAACAACACCUCCUCCAGUGACGAAGAAGUGAAGAACUUGUGCGCCAUGUCCUUCCAGCCUGUUGCAGAGCAGGUUGAUGGUCUGCAUGCAAGCCCAAGCCCUGUGCUGUUCAGUGCCUCCCCUCCCAAGAGACUCCAGCCUCUGGUGCGCAACCCAGCCUCUAGACCUUUAAUCUUGACGAGUGUUGGGGCAGGCCUUGAGCAAGUCAUGCCGUGUAAGAGACAUCGGCAAGGAUAUGGGGAUAAGAUCUGCAGGCCCAGCCUUGACCUGGAAAAAAUGCAGCAGGCCUCGCUCCCCAGAGUGACUGAGUCAUUGAUCUGUGCUGAACAUAAUGGUUUUCACCACUUCUUCGUGGACCCAGUCCAGAAUUUGUCUGUUCCAGAGCAUCAACGGAGGCCGCCCGCCGCCUCACUUUGUGUAUGAUCCAUCCACCUUUGCCUUCCGUUCCCUCAGCACCUUGAAGCCGCUGAGCCCAAUAGCUCCAGUGGAAGAACCGUCAUGUGCCUACUGAAGGAAUUUCUCCAAAAACCUCAGGAACUAUCAACCAACCGCCUGCCUGGCAGUGGGAAGGGAUGUGGUGACGCCCGGGGGGUUUGGUGUGGGAGAAAGGGACAGUGACACAUCUUUGCAAUGCAGUCUCCCUGGCAGCAGGAAACAUACAGCUUUGCAGCAGUGACUGGUUUCAUACCAUUGUCACAUCUGAGCAUUAGCAGGUGAAGAGAUUUUUGUUUUUCAAGUGUAAAAUGAGACAGGUGACAGGUUCAAAACUGUGAGGACAGCCAUCAGGGUGAACAUGUGAAUGUGAUAGUUGGAAAUAUCCCUGAGGGAUUCAGGGGCUAGUAUAACCUGCAUGGCAGCAGUGAAAAGUGAUCAGGUCCAAACAAUUUUCCAAGAGUACUUGGGUCUACAGUACUUUGGUGUAGACCUGACCAUUCUUCCACAGGAAAAGGAGGGCAGAAUUGGAAACAGAGGCUGUACCGGGCUGCCUGCAAAGGAAGAGGAUCCCUCUCUGAGACUGUUAGGAUUGUAUUAAAUUCAGGCUUGCUUGAGCAAAGACCCUGGGAGAUGGAUGUGGGAUGGGGUAAAUAGAAAAUAUAGUUCCACGUUGCAGCUAGUCUGCUGGCUCAGUAAUAUCAUCUAAAAUGAGAUUGAAAUGGGAGGCAUGAGCGUUCUGGUUAUACAGUGAGGGUUAAAAUAAAGUUAUAGAAUAGAGGAUUUGUGUUCAGCCAUCCAAAGUAGCAGAGUACCCACCAGUUCUCUCUUGGCAUCAUCAGUGAGAAGAACAUGAGUGUGCCUGUAUGCUCCUCGGUCUCCUUUCUGCUGAGGCUGCCUCUGUUUGAGGAUAUGGAGCAUUUGUCCAUAGCAUUGUCUAAUGCUCUGCUGCACCUAUAAUGAUACUGAACACAACUGGCGUCAUCAGACUCAACAAAUUAAGUAUCUCCAGCAAGUUGUCUUUUACCCCAUUAGGCUGGCUAUUAAAUUCAGAUAGACCUCUGUUCUGUCCCAGUGGAGCAGGUAUUUCUGUAUGUAGCAUAAAGUGGGAGAAAGGAGUCUUGUAGCCAUUUGUUGGCAGAAGAAACAAGAAGGAAGCGUCUCUAUUGACAGUCUUACAGCAGUUAGGAACCAUGAUAAGUCUUGUUACCACUGGAGUCUAGCCUUGAGGCACAGAUGUGCUUUGUGCUACAAGGCAGCAGCUAAUGGGAGAAGCUGUCACCUGUCAUAGUGAGGCAGAGGAAUUCCUCACUCAUUUUCUCUUGCUGCAUCUGAUAAGUCUUUAUUGCAAGUACCUGGUGGAGGGAGUAAUGUCUCAGCAUGGGAGGGAGUAAUUUUCUCAGCAUUCUUCAGCUUGAAUCAGCAUCUGGCUGGGUACAAGUGGGAGUGAGUAAUUUACUUGUCUGGAUCAAGAGGAGCAACUGUGAAUAAUAAUAUAAAAUCAGUUUUAUUUUUAAAUCUGCUCCACUAUAUAAGUCUUUGCCCCUUUUUGGAUGAGACCAGGGGUCAGUACAGCUCUCAGAAGGAGGCCACAGACUGAACCAGCACUUGCUGGUACUUUCUGUGCUAUGAGACCCUGGGGAAAAGACUGAAGGCCACCUAGGCAUGGGGACCUGAAUCUCCUACCACUACCCCUCCUUCCCCAGCUGCCUCUCUCAGGCAAGCAGAGUGGCUGGGUGAGG